AUGGGUUUGUGUGGGAUUUGGUCCGCAUUUUACAGGCUUUUUGGUUCUCGUGAAAGACGAAUACUCAUUCUGGGACUGGAUGGUGCAGGGAAAACGACGAUUUUGUACAAGUUACAAGUUGGCGAGGUUGUGACGACUAUACCGACUAUCGGUUUCAAUGUUGAAACCGUGCAUUACAAGAACUUGAAAUUCCAAGUAUGGGAUCUGGGUGGACAGACAAGUAUUCGUCCAUACUGGCGCUGUUACUAUGCUAAUACUGACGCUAUAAUCUACGUUGUGGACAGUAUGGAUCGUGACAGGAUCGGCAUCUCUAGGCAGGAGCUAAUUUCAAUGCUUGAGGAGGAGGAGCUAAAGACCGCUGUCUUGGCCGUUUUUGCCAACAAACAGGACAUUGAUGGCUGUAUGUCCGUCACUCAAGUGGCCUCUUCACUCGGUCUAACCUCCAUCAAGAAUCGGACGUAUCAGAUCUUCAAAACUUCGGCUGUUCGCGGUGAUGGACUUACCGAAGCCAUGGACUGGUGCGUUGGCCGAUACCUUGAAUCGGCAGUCCUGAUCAAAAGGUGUCUUCUCAAUCCUUGCCCGAAGGCUGUGAGCAUAAUCACCCGAGUGUUGAAUAUACGAGCCGGAUGCUGCUUCUCGUGUCCUCUAUCCCUCUCCGCGUAUCUUUGUAUGUAUAUUCCAACUUCUCAUUACUCUAAUACUCCCCACCUACUUCUGAUGAUUCGACCCUCUUCCCCCUCCCUGUCUUAUUUCAGUGCAUCAGUCGCCCUUCCGCUAAUAACAUGGAGUACAAUGCUCCGAUAUUUUGCUCCCAAUACACCUUCUCCAUGA